AUGGAAUUUACACAUUGCUUGAUAUGCACUAAGAUUUAUUUAGCCAAAAGUUUUGUGGUGAUGGAAUUCCUAUGUGGUUAAUCCCUGAAGAGGAAUACAAGUAUUUCCCCUUACCUAUUCCAAAGAAAAUCGAAUUUGAUAAUGAAACAGGUUUACCUAUAGAUUGCAGCUUCAUCACUGGUUGGGGUACUUAUUACUUCUCUUGGGAUGUUGCAGAGGGUUUCGAAAAGCUUUACACAAACUACGAAGGUAGACUUGACUUAAUGGCACAAUUCUGGGGUAAAAUUGCUUAAACCUUCAAAGGAAAUCCUUACGUUUUAGGUUAUGAAUUAAUCAAUGAACCUUUUGCAGGUAACGUUUUCAAGAACCCUCUUUUACUUGUUCCAGGUGUUGCAGAUAAGAAAUUCUUGUAAGGUGUUUAUGAAAGAGUUGCAUCAGAAAUUCGUAAAUAUGAUGAAGACCAUAUUAUCUUCUUCGAGCCUGUCCCUUGGAUUAAUCCUUUCUCUGUUGGCUUUAUUCAACCCCCUGGUGGUGAAAAGUACUCUGAAAAAUCCGUUCUUGCCUAUCACUACUACUCUCCUCCUGAUUUUGGAAUGGAACCUUUCUUCAAAUAAAGAGUGA